AUGAAGCUCUCGACGCUGCUGCUCGCCGUCGCAAGCCCGCUGGUCGUCUCGGCCUCGUCCAACGUUCUUGGCAGCUUCCUGGGCCAGCAGGAGGUCAUCAGCCAGGAUCUCAAGGUCCCCGGCGAGAACCCGCUGUACUUCUGCGAGGACCCGGCCUCCAACAUCCUCACCAUCGAUACCGCCGACUUGGACCCCAACCCGCCCGAGGCUGGCAACACCCUCAGCAUCAAGGCGAGCGGCACGCUCUCUGAGAAGAUCGAGGAUGGUGCCAAGGUCCGCUUGCAGGUCAAGUACGGUCUGAUCACCCUCAUCAAGCAGGAGGCUUCGCUGUGCGACUACGUCAAGGAGGUCAACCUCGAGUGCCCGCUCGAGAAGGGUGAUCUCGAGCUGACCAAGGACGUCGACCUUCCCAAGGAGAUCCCUCCGGGCAAGUACACCGUGCUCGCCGACGUCUUCACCAAGGACAGCAAGAAGAUCACCUGCCUCACCGCUACCGUUCAGUUCCACAGAUAA